UCAUUCGAGCAGGCACUUGAUACACCACAAGCUAGCGCUGCUGUCGUAGGAGUACUGACAGCUGCCGCAUUUGCACUACGUUUUUACAAAAUCAAUCAACCAGACCAAGUAGUCUUUGAUGAGGUUCAUUUUGGAAAAUUUGCCUCGUAUUAUAUCUCACGCCAGUACUAUUUUGAUGUCCACCCUCCUUUUGCAAAACUUCUUUUUGGACUUGCCGGUUGGUUUGUCGGCUUUGAUGGUCACUUCACCUUCGAGAACAUCGGCGACAGCUAUUCGGACAACCAUGUACCAUACGUUGGAAUGAGGGCUCUGCCUGCAAUCUUGGGUAGUCUAACUAUCCCCGUCGUAUACGCUAUCAUGAAAGAAACCGGUUAUUCCACUCUUAUCGCCGCUUUCUCUGCUAUUAUCGUGCUGUUUGAUAACGCUCACGUUGCCCAAUCCCGUCUUAUCUUAUUGGAUGCCACCCUUAUGUUUUUCAUGUCGCUCACGAUUUACUCAUACGUACGGUUCCGUAAACUCCGCUACUGGGAGUUUUCGGUGGAGUGGUGGAGUUGGCUCAUUGCUACUGGAUUUUUCAUGGCUUGCACUUGGGGUUCCAAAGUGAAUGGUAUCCUUACUGUCGUCACAAUCGGCGUUGCAGUUUUGAUUGACCUCUGGGAUAUAUUGGAUCACAAAAAGGGUCACACAAUGGAGCUUUUCUGGAAACACUUUAUGGCCAGAGCUAUUGGCCUCAUUGUUGUGCCCGUGAUCAUCUACCUGUCCUUCUUCUAUGUUCACUUUGCUGUCCUCACUCAUUCUGGUUCUGGCGAUACCUUUAUGAGCCCAGCCUUCCAAGAGACAUUGAUAGGAAAUGAGCUUCUUCUCAACAGCCAAGAACUUCGCUACUAUGAUACUGUGACACUUAUGCACAAGGACACGAAAGUGUUCUUGCACUCGCAUGUUGAACGAUACCCUCUAACGUAUGAAGAUGGACGUGUUAGCAGUCAAGGACAACAAGUUACUGGUUAUGGACACGAAGAUAGCAAUAACAAUUGGCAAAUCAUUCCGACUAAGGCACUGCCAGAGACUGGUCCUGGCCGUAUCGUACGACAUGAAGACCUCAUCCAACUUCUGCAUGUCAAUACCCAAAGCUUCCUUCUUACUCACGACGUCGCGUCGCCACUGAUGCCUACUAACCAAGAGUUCACUACGUGGCCCAAAGACAAUCAUUCUCGCUUCAACGACACGCUUUUCUAUCUCAACCUAGUUGAUGGCAAUGAGGGGGAUGCUUGGAAGAGCAAAUCCAGCCACUUCAGGCUUGUGCACGCACCUACGAGAGUUUCGAUGUGGACGCACAGUAAACAACUCCCUGACUGGGCAUUCAAGCAACAGGAAAUCAAUGGCAACAAAAAUCCUACCGAAAAAUCUGCAACAUGGUUUGUUGAUAGCAUAAUCUCUCAAGAAGGUGGGUACAGUUUGAUGUUAGACGAUGAUGAACUGAAGGAGCCAAAGAAGAUGAGCUUCUUCAAGAAGUUCGCAGAGCUACAACUGUUGAUGCUUCAACACAAUGCCGGACUCACUGCAUCGCAUCCUUAUGCAAGCAGUCCCAUUAACUGGCCAUUCCUGUUGAGUGGAAUUAGUUUCUGGACUGAGAAUGAUACCCAGAAGCAAAUCUAUUUGAUCGGCAACGUCGUUGGAUGGUGGACAUGCAUCAUUUCGCUGUCCAUCUUUAUUGGCAUUAUCGGUGCUGAUUUACUGGCACGCCGCCGAGGACUGACUCCUUUAACGGAGCCUACUCGCAAUCGCCUUUGGAAUUCGGCAGGCUUCUUCGUUGUUAUAUGGGCCGUCCACUACCUUCCCUUCUUUGUCAUGAGUCGCCAGUUGUUCAUUCACCAUUACCUGCCAUCACACAUUGCAUCUGCAUUAGUGGCUGGCGCCGUCCUCAGUUUCAUUUUGUCCGACACUGUCAACUACCCAAUAUCAAUCGCUGGCCGAUCAACUCGUAGGCGACCUGAGGAAUUGGCUGAUCUCGGCGUGCAAGGCCCGGUCGUUGUUGGCGUAUUUGCAAUUCUUAUGUUUGUUAUGUUCUUGUAUAUGUCCCCUCUCACGUAUGGUACUCCAGGCUUGGAUGGAGAAACUGUUAAUCAGAAGCGGCUACUGUCGUCGUGGACCCUGCACUUUGCUGCAAAAACAAAUGCUGAAGUGAUACCAUAG